AUGUCGAACUAUUACCCAGGCGGAGGCCCCCCUCCGGACCAGUACAACGCCCCUCCCCAUGGCGGCCAGCCAGGAUACUAUGGGCAACCACCACCACAACAAGCACAAGGAGACUAUCCUCCUCAGGGUUAUCCUCCCGCUGGCUAUCCUCCCGCAGACCAGUACCCACAGGCACCGUAUGGGCAGCAACCCCCGCCGCAGCAAGGAUACUAUCCACCCCCGCAACAGCACCAAGCUCCCCAAUAUGGUUCCCCAUCUCCCGCACCGCCCGGGCAGGGCUAUGAUUCCCGCGGCGGCCAAACCUACGGCACAUACCCCCCUCAGCCACCCGGCGGAGAGAGCACUUCUUACUACGGAAACCAACCUCCACCGGCAUACAGCGGACCCGGCGGUCCUGGAGGACCCGCGGACGGUGAGAAGGGACUCGGCUCUACCCUAUUAGGUGGUGCUGCUGGCGGAUUCGUCGGUCAUAAGAUGCAGGGCGGCAUGUUGGGGACGCUCGGUGGUGCUGUUGUGGGUGCGGUUGGCGCAAAUGCUGCGUCGCAUGCGGUUAAGAAACAUAAGAAGAAGGAUAAACAUGGGAAGAAAAAGAAGGAUAAGAAGGAUAAGAAGUAUAAGAAGAAGAAGGGCGGGAGCUCGAGCUCUUCGAGUAGCAGCAGCAGUGAUAGUGAUUAG